GAAAGGAUGAAGUCUGUUACGGGGCAACCAGACCGGGCAGGCCGCACAGAAAUGAGAGGAAACGUCACUCUGCCUUCUCCCUAUUUCCGCUCCUUCCAACUUCAUGGAUUUCUGUCCUCCUGGUACCUGUACUGUUGCCUUCGAGGUCUUGUCUCGGUCCGUGCCCCCCACAAUAUUCUAUCGGUUCAUAAAUCCUUCCUCAACUUUCCCCUCGUCCUUCUCUCAAAAUUUCUUCUCUCAAACGACUACCUUCUCUCCUCAGCAAUAACUGGGGUCGUUUCGUGCUUGGCUCUGCAAACAUAACUCGAAGAAGAACGCAGCGGUACCAAAAUGAACGCCAACCACCACCACCACCACCACCACCACCACCACAACAACCGCAACCACAACCACAACCGCCUCCGUGACCGCAGGCGCAAUCGUGGUCGCGUUGCGAGCCCCGCGAGCGUGGAGGACCGCGCUCCUCCCCUUGCUGCCGGUCAUCACAUUGAGAGCUGGGGUCUCGUGGACCAGGAAAACCGCGCUCCUGCUCCGGCUGACAUCCGCCACGUUGAGGGCUGGGGUCAAGUCGACUUCGGAAACCGCGUUCUUGCUGAAGCUCGCCCCGUGCCCGAAGACGAUUACGACGCUGCCACAUUCAACCAGUCCAUCAAUGCGGAAGGUGAAGCGGACAUCAUCCGCCCGCUCAUCACCUUGGCCGUCAGGCAGAUGGGUCCCUCGUGCUUGUUUUGGGUCAGCGCCGGCCCGAUGCAGGCAGCCGACGACCCAACCUGGAUCGCCGACCACCACGUCAAGGCCCAUGGCGACCAGGCCCUGGCGAGGAUGACGGUCGCCCUGGCCGUCCACAAAUGGGGCCGGGGUGCCCAGAUUUCGCUCACGGCUCGCCCUCCUUCUCCUCCUCCUCCGCCGGACGUCAUCCCGCCCCCGCCGGCCCCGCAGCAUCACUACGCGGCUCCCCCCGUGGCUCCUGGCGUGGCUCCUCAUCAAGGGGAGUACUAUUACCCGCCUCCUCGAGAAGAGUACUAUCCGCCUCCUCAAGAGGAGUAUUACCCGCCUCCUCACCACUACCCGGCGGAUCCUUACGCGCCUGCGCCUUACCAGCCGUAAGCGGCGGGCCAGGCUGCUCGCCCUGCUGCACUCCCGAGUCCCGGAUGGACACCCCUUUUGCAACGCUUGGGGCUUGUUCUUGAAGCUCCAUGU